UUGGUGUGUCACUGGCCAUAGUUGUGGGAAGGGAGCCGUCGAGGCAAGAUCACGCCUUUCUCGCGCUCUUCGGAAGAAAUGAAGAGAGUUCUUUUUCGGCGAUUUUCUUCUUCAUCAUCUUCUUUUGCCUUGAAUUCUAGGAGGGUCUUCUCCCAAUCUUCCGCAGUAGCGACGGCCGAUGAGAAUGCCGCCGCCGCCGUCCUUGCCAAGAUGCCACAUUUCGACUACACGCCGCCGCCCUACGAUGGUCCGCGGUCUGAGGAGAUACUCAGGAAGCGUUCCGAGUUUCUCAGCCCCUCCAUGUUCCACUUCUACAAGAAACCCUUGAACAUUGUUGAUGGGAAGAAACAAUACUUAUUUGAUGAGGAUGGUCGCCGCUAUCUGGAUGCAUUUGGUGGUAUCGCUACUGUUUGCUGUGGCCAUUGUCACCCUGACGUAAUUGAAGCAAUAAUCAAUCAGACAAAACGACUUCAGCACUCUACUGUUCUAUAUCUAAACAAUGCCAUUGCAGAUUUCGCUGAAGCAUUAGCCUCGAAAAUGCCUGGGGACCUAAAGGUUGUAUUUUUCACAAAUUCUGGUACCGAAGCAAACGAGUUGGCCAUGAUGAUUGCUCGUCUUUACACUGGUUGCCAUGAUAUUAUAUCACUCAGAAAUGCAUACCAUGGGAAUGCUGCAGGUACAAUGGGUGCAACUGCUCAAUGCAACUGGAAAUUCAAUGUUGUUCAGAGUGGAGUGCACCAUGCUUUGAACCCAGAUCAAUAUAGAGGAGUUUUUGGUUCAGAUGGAGAAAAAUAUGCUAAAGAUGUUGAAGAGAUCAUAGAUUUUGGUACUUCUGGUAGAGUUGCAGGUUUUAUUUCAGAAGCAAUACAGGGAGUAGGUGGAAUAUUGGAGUUGGCACCUGGCUAUUUGCCUUCUGUAUAUAAAACCAUAAAAAAGGCUGGAGGACUUUGUAUAGCUGAUGAGGUCCAAUCAGGAUUUGCACGCAUAGGAAGUCAUUUCUGGGGUUUUGAGGCUCAUGGUGUGGUGCCAGACAUUGUCACAAUGGCCAAGGGUAUUGGAAAUGGGAUACCCAUAGGUGCAGUGGUUACUACUCCAGAGAUUGCUCAUGUUUUGACUCGCCGAUGCUACUUUAAUACCUUUGGUGGCAAUCCAGUCUGUACAGCAGCUGGUCAUGCUGUGCUUAAAGUGCUUGAGAAAGAAAAGCUUCAGGAGAAUGCUUUGGUUGUUGGAUCUUACUUGAAAGAUCAACUCAUGGCACUUCAAGAAAAACAUGAAAUUAUUGGCGAUGUGAGGGGAAGAGGUCUGAUGCUUGGGGUUGAGUUAGUCACUGACCGCCUCAAGAAAACACCAGCGAAAACUGAAAUAUUGCAUGUGAUGGAGUCAAUGAAAGACAUGGGUGUGUUGGUCGGAAAGGGCGGCUUUUACGGUAACGUUUUUCGAGUAACACCUCCUCUCUGCUUCUCCAAAGAAGACUCAGAUUUCUUCGUGGAUGUCAUGGAUAUCUCGCUUUCCAAGUUAUGAAUCCUUUCUUCUGUUCUCACAUCUUUCAUUGUUCUAAUAAUAUGUGAUGGCCAAUAAGAGCUGUAUGCUCAGUCGGAGAAGAUGGGACAUCACCUCGUUGCCCCUCGCCUUCGCUCGUGUCUAGCCUGUGCGUCCUAUUGCCUUAGAUUUAGCCGUGCUUCCUGUGUACGCAUGGUUGGCAGUACUAGCAAAUGUGUUUUGUGACAAUGUUGUUUCCCGCUACUUUCACUGCAUAACAUCACAGAAUAGUUGAGUUCGUCAUCUAAAUCAUAAAUUCUAAAUGCAUCAAUGUUUAAGGGGUGUAUUUAAUGUUCAACUUUUAAUUAUUUUGAAUGACUUUUGUAAA